UGCCAGUUACAAUUUUCUUAUGCUUUAUGGUUAACCACUUACUUUGCCUAGUGUAUUUUUUUAUGUGUUAAAACCCAGUGUUUAAAUCAACAGUUGUGGUCUUUCCAUGAUCAGUCUGGCAAUAACACCAGUUAUUUGCCUCUUUCAAAAAUUGCAACAGUAUUAUAGUACAUAGAGUAGAGUUCUAAUUUUUCAUCAUUUUAUUUAAUUUGGUGCUAACGCAGUACAGGACAGUACAAUAUUGGAUAAAAAUUACCUAAAAUGAUGGAGAUCCCUACUUGAAAUAAAAUAGUUUUUUUGGUAUGCUAAAUAUACAGAGCAUCAAAAGAAACUUAUCACUAUUAUAACACAUUUAUUUUAGAAAAAAUAAGGUAUAUAAAUAAUGGACAUUGACGAAAUAUUUUUGGUUUCUUUUUAAUCACUCGAUCAUUCAUCCUUGACCAUGACACGCUUGAGUAACUAUGACUGAAGCAUAUGCACUUAAUCACCUAAUUUGAGAGACAGUUGAUUGGACACUGGCUAUGAAGUGAUUUCAGCUGUUGAAUUAAUUGCAAGCUUGAAUAAAAGUAAUAAAGAAAAACAAUAUGCCACCUCUGUCAAGAGAGCAGCGCCUUCGUGCAAUCGGCAUGUUGGAGGCUGGACUAGGGCAGCAUACUGUGGCUCACCGUCUUUGGUGCUCACAGCCAGCAAUUGCAAACCUGGCGCGAUGGUAUAAGCAGACACACACUGUCAAUGACAGGCCACAAACUGCUAGACCAAGAGUCACAACACCUGCUCAAGAUCAACAGAUCAUUUUGUAGCAUCUUCGUGAUGUCAAUUGUUAAUCAGCACAAUAAAAAGUCACUGCACCUGCUCAAAAACAGAGUUUGUAGUUUUUCGAUUACAUCUAGUGAAUUUUAUCCAAGUAUAAGUUUCUUUUGAUGCUCAGUAAUAUAAAGAUUAGUGGCCACUAGGGGGCAAAGUGGGACGGACCCUUUCCCCAGUGGUGACAGGCUGCUAGAAUAAAUAGGUAAUAUGUUACACUCUGUAAUGGCCCAUCACCUGUUAAAGUUGUUUAAAAAAUAAUAAUAAUACAAAAUUGUAAGCAUAUAUUAUAACGGCCACACUGAUCUAAAUGUUUAAUAUUGCAUUUAAAUUGUUUACUGCGUUUUUCCUGCUCUCUGUGUGCAGCUAGCAUGCGUCUGUGGUUAAUGACAUCAUUUGACAGAUCUAGGUUCCUCAUUUUGGUACAACCUGCUUACCAGAAGAAAUCGGUCUCUGGCAUGGUUCUUUUCUUAUAUUGCGCUCUGUCAACAAGCAAUCAUUCAUUCUGUUUUAAUAAUCAACUUGUAAAAGUCAGCUGUCAUAAUCUGCAAAUACCAGUACAGCUUUGUGGUUUGUUUUGUGGAUCAGUUGAAAGUUUUUGAAAAUAAGAAGAAACUUGCUAUAAGAAGCCCUGUUGUGUCAAAGAGGAUGACAGAGUCCCAUUUCAAAGAUGCUUUCUGGAGUUCUGAUUUCACCAGCCAUACUGGGUAUGAAGUUGUGGUGCAGAGACUGCAUGGAGGCCGGCGGAUGUGCAAAGAUAUGGAAGAGUUGCUGAAGAUGAGGGCGCUGGCUGAAGAGAAAUACGGCAAGGAGCUAGUGACGAUAGCCCGCAAAGCGGGAGGACAGACUGAGAUCAAUACUCUGAGGACGUCCUUUGACACGCUUAAAACACAAAUAGAGAAGGUUGGGCAUUUGCACAUCCAGCUGGCUGUUAUGUUAAAGGAAGAAAUAAAGAGAAUGGAGCAAUUCAGGGAGAGGCAGAGAGAACAGAGGAAAAAGUUUGAAGGAGUUAUGGAAAGAAUUCAGAAGACUAAAGUCUCUUUACACAAGAAAACAUUAGAGUCCAAGAAGAGCUAUGAACACAAGUGUAAAGAGGCUGAUGAAGCUGAGCUGGCUCAUGAACGGAUAAACAGCACACUGACAGCCACCCCAAAGCAAGUGGACAAGGUGCAAAACAGGGCAAAGCAAUGCAGGGAGGCAGCGAAUGAGGCAGAGAAGCAAUAUAAAUUGAAUAUAGAACAGCUGGACAAUAUUCGGCAAGACUGGGAACAGACCCAUGUGAGCACUUGCGAGGUGUUCGAGCAGCAGGAAGUUGACCGGAUUAACAUCCUGAGGAACUCAAUGUGGGUUCACUGUAACCACUUCUCACUGCAGUGUGUGACGGAUGACGAGAUGUAUGAGGAGGUGAGGAAGACUCUGGAACAGUGUGAUGUAACUGCUGAUAUCAACAGCUUUAUCCAGACAAAAGCCACUGGGACCAGUCCGCCAGCUCCAAUACUUUACAUUAGCUACUACGAGCGAGAGGGCGUUGCUGACAGCAAUGGAAGUUUGCGUUCGGCAGGGGGAGGAGUGAUGAAAAGGUUUUCAAAUCUACUACCGGGACACUGCAGUGGCUCAAGGCAAGAUAUCAAUGAAGCAGAUUACCCUACAGCACCCCCUACAGAUGAAAAAGUAGACGGAGUUUACGCUGCUAUACCUGUCCUUCGAGGUGGAGCGCAAGCAAACACUGAUUCUCUAACAAUGGGCUACAAGGUGUUGUAUGAGUACACUGCACAGAAUGACGAUGAGCUGUCCAUAGCGAUGGGAGACGUUGUGGAAGUGAUCGAGCAAGGGGAGGACGGAUGGUGGACAGUGACCAGGAAUGGAAACCAAGGACUCGUCCCGGGAUCCUAUCUGGAGAAGAUUUGUGGAAGCCACGUGGCAUGAGGAGCUUGAGCCUGCCUAAAGCCAUAUGUUUAUAAAUAAUGCACUUAAGUUAUUUUGAACAUUGGUGCGCUGGCUGGCCAAAAAAAAAAAAGAGAAUACACAUGCAAUCAAAGUGCAAUGCGCCAUGUGAUCAACUGUAUUGAAUGUACACUAAUAUCAGCUGUGUUAGAGUGGUGUGCAACUAUUCAGCAACAAUCAUUGAAAAGGAUCUUGGUGACUUCACAAGGGAUGUGAUAGCAGGUGCCCAUGCAUUGAACUACAUGUCUGUCAGGACUGUCUUCAGGUGUACCUGGAAUGACAGUGUCUGCAGAUAACCGUCACCGGAACACAGUAGUAAUGACAGAUUCAUCCCCAAGAUGUGUGCAAUUUAUUGUGACAUGCGACAGAAGCGAUAGUGUCCCAAAACAAUAUAACCUUCAGCACUGGACAAGACAAGCCUGUUUCAAACAAAGCACAGGGAACUAUCCACACUGAAGGCCUGUCUAAUAUUUUGGCCAGCCAGUGUAUGUAUUAUCCAUUUUGAAAUUAACCUAGACCUUGCUACAGUACCAUUCAUGUGAUCAUGCACACUGAAAUCAGUACAUGAGGUGUUGCUUGUACAGUACUUUUUUGUUGUUGCUUUCCUUCAGACGCCUGGCAGUACCAGUAUAAAGAGUCAGUAUUGCAGCUUCUUAAAAGUGUUUCCUCAGCAGUAUACCCCAAGGUGAGUCUACCUUUUGUUCACUGGUUCUCUCAUGGCAGGGGUCUGCUGUGCCCAAGACCACUUGCAAAUGUGCACCUACUGUUAUCAGCAUUCAAAUCCAGCCCUUCUUAAAGGUGUAGUCUUAUAAAAUUCAUUUCUCUUCCCUUUUUUAGCUCCGGAGCCUUUUUCCACUGCAUUGUGUUUCUCCUGCAUUAUGCAUUUUCUUAAUUUUGAAAUGUUAAAGGUGUAAUGCUGUAGAGCAGCUCUCUAUCCUCGAUACUGUUCCAUGCCUCUUUGAGACUCCCUAAGGAAGGAAAGUGGAUUUUAAAACCUUAGUUAAAAACCCUUUGAGCAAUACAGUUAGAAUGUGACAACUGUAGCUUUAUUAAUAAAUAAAAACAAACAAAUUAUUUAGAUUUUAUUUAAGUAUGGCUGUUUUUAGACCACGAGAGUACUGUCACCUCACGCCUCGCUGUUAAGUCAUUUAGAGCUGUUUUAGUUAAAGGUUGAUUUCAAGGUCAUGAAAAGGAUUUUUGGCAGGGUGGCUAUGUUUUAGAAUCCCUAAUUAACAAUCAGGGGACAAUGGGCAUUGUUGUUUUGCUUCCAUACCCACCCAGUCACUGGCAUCUUGCACAGUUCAGGCACCAAUCAGUGGUGCUGUGAUGGGUUUUGAAUGUACACUAAUAUUUGGGCUGCUGUCAUAUAUAUCUGAACUACUGGGUAACUCAUCACCCCCUCAAAUACAUUUAUUUGGCUCAAAACACUGAUUAACUAGGUCUUAGGUCAACAUCCUAGAAGUAUCACAAACAUUUUUUCAAUACCAUUGUUUUUAACCCUAACAAUGACCAGUCGUUCCUGUUUCAUAAUGUCACAAGUUGUAAAGCAUCCCCACAGCAUAUAACAAAAAAAGCUUAAAAAUAAAUAAAUACAUUGAUAAAUAAAUAUGGACAACGUCCACCUCAAACACAUAAAACUAGACAUCACAAUGUUAAUCUGAAUAGAAAUACCUGCUGGACUUUAAACUUCAAGGUUAGAGUAACACACAUUAAGUUGGCUACAAACACGCGGCUUUAGGUCAGGCUGCUGUGAAAGCAGUUCAGUGUAGGCUACAGUAUGUCACAGGAUCACCACACAACCAGUCCUAUUGGUUGUCUUCCCUUGAAAUGUUCUGUUCAGUGUGGAUGAUUUACAGGCAGAACAGUGUGGUAAAACUUGGCAGAGAGUACCUUUCCUUUCCUGAUCAGAUUAUUUAUUUUAAAUACUAAAUGGCUCUCAGUCUCUGGUGCCAUCAAGUCUUACUUUACACAGCAGGACUGUAAAAAAAUAAAUUAAAAAAAAAACCUCUAUUUAUUAAUCUAUGUAAUACUCAGCACAUACCCUGGGACAGCUUUGUUAAAUUAAGAUUGUGAAAUAACUGAAUACAGGCUUUCACCCUUGUUUACCACUAAAUGAAUGCUCAGUCUGGCUGCCGUUUAAAACCUUUUUUAUUUCCAGGACUUUUGGCUUGGCAUGGCAUGCUAAUGGAGUGUGGAAAUUUAUUUUAUUAGUUUACGUUGCUUUACUCAAUACACGUUAUAAUCUGGUGGGUGUUUAAACACAAUUGCCAAGGGUGCCUUGCUGUUAUCUUUGACUAUUAUCUAGCCUAUACACACAAAAUGGCAAUUAUGUGAUAUAAGCUAUAAAAUGAAAAUCCUGCAAAUGUGAGCUUAAUAGUGACACACAUUACAAUACAGGAAAAAAACUGUACAUAUGAAUACAAAUUCUCCAUCACCGAAGACACCAAUUCAUUCCUUCUCUGGGGACUAUCAAUAGCAGCACUUGGAUUAUUUUACCUCACUGACAGGCUUCAGAGACUGAUCUUUGGUUAUCCAGUUACAAAAAAAUAUCUGUACCUGUUUGAAGAAUAUUCCAUUAAAAACACAGAAAAUGUUGGAAAA